CAUAUUGUAUUGAGCUCCCGCAAAAUUUCCAUACAUCUCUUCAUUGACAUUUCAAUUGGCCGUCGUUUGUGUGAAAUUUUCGCUCGACUUUUGUUCGUCGUUCUUUUGCACACAUCCGAUAGCAGUGCAUUUUCAUCGGAUCUCUACGUGGAAAUUGUGAGUGAAAAGUGUGCUAAUGUUAAUAGCUUGAAUUUUCCUAUUGUAAUAAUCUGAUACAACAACGAAGCAAAUGUAUUUUAAGUAGUGCAGCUAAAACAGCACACCGGCGAAAUAAUAGGAGUAACAAAAGCCAAUUUAACCAAAAAAUAGAAAAUUAAUUUUCGUGAAGAUCUGUGCAAAAGUUUAGCGUAUAUAAAGAAGUGUGUGUUCGCGUUCAGCGGAAAAAUACUUGGUUUUUUUUGCCUUUAAGCGAAACUUGUGCAAAAGCGGAAAAGUCAACACGUGAAUAAAUCGCUUAAGUAAAAGUAGUGCACAUUAAAAAAUAGGGGUAAAAGUUUGAAAUCACACUAAAACGCCAAGAGAAAGAGAAAUUGUUAUUUUUUCAUAUAUUUAUAUAUUGCUAAUUGCAAUUUCCGCAGUAUUUUGGCAUAAUUCAAGUAAAUACUAAUAUAAUUUUGUAUACUUAUAUAAAAAACCAAAAUUACGUGAAUUUUGUAUUAAUCGCACGCGUAACCAACGCAAAUACAGCAACUGAACGCCACAGCAACGAGAAAAAUUCAGGCUCAUCAAAAUGUCAUCAAUCACAUAUAAGGAGCGUGUACUCAGCGCUCAACAGCUGAAAAGAUUGUCGGAACACAAAUACUCCUGCACAAGCAGCAGUCUGCUGGACCCAUGGCUACAGCCUUGGUGGAAUUGGCUUGUCUCAAUGACGCCACUUUGGUUAGCGCCCAAUCUCAUUACAAUCAUUGGACUGAUUGUCAACAUUGUGACAACAUUAAUAUUAGUAUCCUACAGUCCCGAUGGCAAAUCGGCACCACCCGGCUGGGCUAGUUUGCUGUGCGCAUUCGGGCUUUUUGUUUAUCAGAGUUUGGACUCGAUUGACGGCAAGCAGGCGCGUCGCACAAAUACCUCAUCACCGCUGGGUGAACUCUUCGAUCAUGGCUGCGAUUCCAUAUCGACAGUUUUCGUCGCGCUAUCGGCGUGUAUAUCCUGUCAACUGGGACAAUACCCGAAUUGGUUGUUCUUUCAGUGUUUCUGUGCCAUUGGUCUGUUCUAUUGCGCCCAUUGGCAGACGUACGUUUCGGGCACUUUGCGUUUCGGCAAAAUCGAUGUGACCGAAGCGCAAUUCACCAUCAUGGCUAUACAUAUUAUAUCGGCGGUGUUCGGUGCGGAUGUGUGGCAAGCGCGGAUUCCACUCAUUGGCGGUCGUUGGAAUUAUAUCAUUUUAAUCGGCAUUACUUUGGGUUAUCUCGCGAAUAUGCUCAACUUUUCGAAAAUGUUUAUUGAAGGCGGCAGUGGCAAAAAUGGUUCCUCCGUUGCUGGUACCAGCGUGCUUUCGCCCAGCAUACCGCUGACAAUGGUCAUACUGCCCGCUUUAAUAAUUGCACAAAAAUCGCCACAAAAUAUUUUCACCGAACAUUCAGCGUUGUAUAUCCUCGCUUUUGGCAUGGUCGCCGCCAAGGUGACCAACAAGUUGGUGAUUGCACACAUGACCAAGGCUGAGAUGGAGUAUUUGGAUUGGUCACAAUUGGGCCCUGCCUUGCUCUUCUUCAAUCAAUACUUCAAUUGUGUGUUGCCGGAAAUUUGGCUGUUGUGGUUCUCACUCUUCUGGGGCACACAGGAUCUCAUACGCUACUGCUCCAAAGUGUGUUUGGAGAUUUGCAGUCACCUUCACAUUAAUCUCUUCACAAUCCCAUAUCCGGGCAAAAAUGCACCACAAACCGUUAGCCAAGGCACCAGUGCGCCCACGACCAGCAUGAGUAUGAGCGCCACAGCGGCAGCUGGUGGUGCGAGUGCGUCCGCGGCGGCGACGCACGACAAGAAUGGCGGCACACAUCAUCGAAAGACGACGCGGCAGGCUAGCAAAAAGCAGCAACAGCACUAGAACUUUAUUAUUUAAAUUGUGAAAUUAAUAGAAAAUCAUCAACAACAACAACAACAACAAACAGGAAAACACUCAACAACAACAAUGUAAAUCUCUAAGAAAUUGUUCCGUGUCAAUAUAUACAAAGAAACAGCUUAAAACAAGGCAAAUACAAAUGGGGAGAAGACAAAAUUAUAUAAAUACUAGCGUAAAAAGAAACCAGGCAAUUAAGCUAAUGACUAGCGUAAAUUAAAAUACUGUAAUAAAAGAAAUUGCUAAACAUAAGUAAAGCUAUAAGUUUUUAUGAAAAUAUUGAA